GGUCUUGGGGUCAAUACUGUGUAUUGGCUCCAAGGCAGAAGAGUGGUAAGGGCUAGGCAAUGGAGGUUGUGACUUGCCCAGGGUCACAUAGCUAGGAAGUAUAUGAGACCACAUUUGAACCCAGGACCUCCCCUCUCUAGGCCGGGCUCUCAAUCCAUUGAGCCACCCAGUUGCUCCCUAAAAUAAACUUUUAAAGUAAAAUGGAAACUACUAAUUAACAACAUUUUCUCUGAUCUAAAAACACUUUUAAGACUGGGAAAGUGUUUUUUGAAAGACAAAAGGCCUUUCCAAGGGAAAUGGAUCAAAGUUGGUAACCAAAACUCAAGAACCAAGUAUUCUUAGUUCCCUGUCUGCUUUUUUAAAAACAUCAUUUAAGGAAUUGAUUGUGCUGUUGACUGUCUAAGGUAAUUUCCACUUUGUACAUUCCCAGAAGCUACUGAAGCUAAGACUCUCCCUUCCACAUUAAGAAGGGAUUCAGGUAUUGGUUUAAGUAGGAAGAAGGCUACUUCCUUUUCUCCGGGAAAACACUUGACAGGAGUAGUCCUGGAAACAACUGAAUAAUAACUGUUGCAUUGGAAUGCUAACCUAAAACUGUAUUUUUAUAGAUCACGAUCUGUUGCUCGUUCAAGAUUCCUAUAACUAGUUAAAUUUGGGGGUAGAGAAAGGCACGUGUGGGAGGACGGGAAACUGCAAGUUCGGCAAUCCUAAACUGGAAACGUCUUGGCUGUUAGAUAUCUGCCUAAAUCACGAGGCACAGGAUUAAUGUGCUUCCUCCUGGCCAUGCAAAGCAAAGCAGGCGCCCUAGGAGGAGACCCAGGGUCGGCCUCGAUGGACGACUCUGCGCUUUCCCGCGGACCUCAGACCGGACACCACGGGACACAAGGGAACCAAAGCGCCAAGGCCGCGUAAGCAUCAGUUCCUCCGGAGGAAACCUUGGCUUGGAAAGCGAAUGUGGGAGCAAAGCCUGCCAGAGAAGGCGCCUGCGGGACACUGUCCACGGUGAAUGGGCCUAAGCCCCGCCUCCAGCCCCAAGGCUGCUCCGGAAAACAUAUGGGGAGGCGGCGAGACCAGGGACGCAACACACCACGCGAACUCCAUUUCCUAGAAUCUCUCUCAUGGGCACACACACUCUCCCGAGGUUUUGAGAUCACGAAUUUAGGGUUUGAGAUCACGUGUUUCAUUCAGUACCCACCCGUCCCGACUGUGGGAAUUGUAGUUUCCUAGAUGGCCUUUGCGCAGGCGCAGUUCCCCUCCAAGCCCCGGCUAUUUUGGUCCUCUGUUGCUGGUGCAGCUAGGGGAGGCGGGGUUGGUGAGUGGUGGGGCGCGCAUUGGUAGGAGAGAGGAGGGGAAAGGAGAAGAACCUACUACAGUCACGGACACGCGCAGGGGGUGGCCUGACAGAACGGAGUCCGCGACCCAGGCGUGAGCGCGCGUGAAGGUGGGAGACAGAAGGCGGAGGAGCUCCUGCACUGAAUUUCAUGCGCGCGUGUAUGCGCGUCCGUGUCUGUGGGUGAGCCCACGUGAGUUAGAGGCAGGGGGCGGGAGAGCGGGGCCAGGGUCCAGCAUCUGAGUGUAUGCCCAGACUGGAUCCUCAGCCUCGCGUGAGUCACCCCCAGUGCCGCGUCCCCAGGCCUCCCAUCUCCCCUUCAAGCAGCAACCGGGACAGUUGUCGGUGGAGCCUCGGGGGCCCCCGCCGCGCCUUUGCUGCCUGGACACCCGGACCCUGCACUGACCUCCCUGACCCCUUCUCCCACAGCUCCAGGGGCCCUGUGGCUCCCCCGUGAUGCCAGAGCCCCUAGCCCGGGACUCGUGAGAGUGUGGUGACCAUGGAGGCCUUGGACCUCAUGCUGGAGGAGAGAGCAAGAGGUUCUCAAGACUCUCUCCUUUUCCAUGAAGCGCGGGUAAAGCAGACAGAAGGAGGCGCUUCUGGUCUCCUUAGAGCCAGGUCCCUGGAGUCCGUGACGUUCCAGGAUGUGGCUGUGGACUUCACCCACGAGGAGUGGGGACGCUUGGAGCCCGCUCAGAAGGACUUGUACAGGGACGUGAUGCUGGAGAACUAUCAGAACUUUGUCUCCCUUGGGCUUCCAUUUUCCAAACCUCAUAUGAUCUCCCAGUUGGAGAGAGGAGAAGCACCAUGGAUAACAGAGAAGGACAUCAUCCCAAGAGUCUCUUGCCCAGAUUUUUUUAUUCUGAAGACAAGUUUUAAAACUAAGGAGUCAGUUGCAAAUAAGAGUAUUUCUAUGGGAAAUUUAUCCAAGAAGAAAUUCUCAAGGAAUGGCUUCUGGAAUUCUGAGUUAAAAGAAUCCUGGAAUUUUGAUACAAGGUUGAAGAGACAGAAGAGCAGUCAAAAGAGAUGGGCCAGGCAAGUUAUAAUCAGUCAAAGGACAACUUUUAAUGAAUUGAGUCUUCAUGAAUGUGUUACUUUUGGAAGAAAGUUUAAGUUGGGAUCAGUUCUUACUCCCAAACAAAAAGCUACCAGAGGAAAACAUCUUUAUAAAUAUGAUUCUCUUGGAAAGAGCUUUAAAUAUUUGCCAGAUAUAUUUAAAUAUAAUAAGACCACCUCAGGGAAGAAACAUUACAAGAAUAAUAAAUGUAGGAAGCCCUUCAGUUAUCACUCAGACCUUUUUCAGUACCGUAAGAUACAUAGUGGAGAGAAAACUCAUAAAUGUGAUGAAUGUGGGAAGACCUUUAGCAACAACUCAUGCCUUACUGUGCACCUAAAAAUUCAUACUGGAGAGAAACCCUUUAAUUGUACUGAAUGUGGAAGAGCCUUCAGGCGUAGAGCACAUCUUAUUCAACAUCAGAGAAUUCAUACUGGAGAGAAACCUUAUAAAUGUUAUGUAUGUGGAAAAGCCUUCAGUGUUGACUCCUACCUUAUCAAACAUCAGAGAAUUCAUACUGGAGAAAAACCCUAUAAAUGUAAUGAUUGUGGGAAAGCUUUCAGACAGUUAGGAAACCUUAAUCAACAUCAGAGAAUUCAUACUGGAGAAAAACCUUAUAAAUGUAAUGAAUGUGGGAAAGCCUUUAGUCAGUGGGGUCACCUCAAUCAACAUCAGAGAACCCAUACUGAAGAAAAACCCUUUGAAUGUAAUGAAUGUGGGAAAGUCUUUAGGCAACUGGAAAACCUUAAUCAACACCAGAGAGUUCAUACUGGAGAAAAACCAUAUAAAUGUAAGCAAUGUGGAAAAGCUUUUAACAACAAUUAUCUCCUUAUUCAACAUGAAAGAAUUCAUACAGGUGAGAAGCCAUAUGUAUGUACUGAUUGUGGAAAAGCCUUCAGUCGAGGGACAUACCUUAAGAAACACAAGAGAAUCCAUACUGGGGAGAUACCCUAUAAAUGUAAUGAAUGUGGGAAAGAGUUCACUGACAAAGCAUCCUUUAUUUAUCAUCAGAGAAUUCAUACUGGAGAGAAACUUUAUGAAUGUAUUGAAUGUGGGAAAACUUUUAGCCAAAAAGCAAACCUUAAAAAACACAAAAUGAUUCAUACUGGAGAGAAGCCCUUUGAAUGUAAUGAGUGUGGAAAAGCUUUCCGAGAGAGGGGAAGCCUUAGUGUACAUAAGAGAAUUCAUACAGGAGAGAAACCCUUUGAAUGCAAUGAAUGUGGAAAAGCCUUCCGAGAGAGGGGGAGCCUUAGUGCACAUCAAGAAAAACAUGCUGAAGAAAAACUGUAUAAAUGUGAGGAAUGUGGGAAAACCUUCAGAUACAAGGGAUAUUUUAGUAUCCAUCAGAGAACUCAUACUCAAGAGAAAUGCUAUAAAUGCAAAGAAUGUGGGAAGGACUUCAGCCUAAGGGCAUCCUAUAUUAUUCAUCAGAGAAUUCACACUGGAGAGAAGCCCUAUAAAUGUCACAUCUGUGGGAAAGCUUUCAGUUAUAAUACAUCCCACAGUAGACAUCUGAGAACUCAUACUGGAGAGAAACCUUUUAUAUGUAAUGAAUGUGGAAAAGCCUUUACUCAGAGGGACUACCUUACUGAACAUGAAAGAAUUCAUACUGGAGAAAAACCCUUUAAAUGUAAUGAAUGUGGAAGAGCCUUUAGGCAGAAGCAAACUUAUAAUGCACAUAAGAAAAUUCAUACCAGAGAGAAACCUUUUAAAUAUAAAUUAUAUGAGAAAGCUUCAAAUGAAAGUUGUACCUUAUGAACAAACUUCAGAAAAUUAAUACUAAUGAAACUCUCCAAAGGUGCAAUGAACGGAGGAAAGCCUUUAGCAUCCACUUAGAGGAGUAUGAAAAUUCAUACUGAAGAAAAAUUCUGUGAAGUUACUAUGAGACAACUAUAAGGUGUCUAUUUCAUCCCUCAGAGACUUUAUACAGAAUAUUAACUUUGGGGAAGCAAUACUAUGUGCAAAGCUUUGUAUAAUCUCAUCAUUUGUUAAACACUGAAUCCAUGUCUGAUUUUUGUUUCAUGAUCUAUUAUACUGGUGCUUCGAGAGAGAAACUUAUCCAGGUCCUCUUUGAUAUCCCCUUUCCCUGAGACACACAUUGGCUGCUGUUGAGGAGCAAUAAAGUUAUGUACAUAUAGAAUCUUUAAGAACACCUA